AUGCCCAACAAACCAUCAGCUCCGGCUCCGGUUGCCGCAAUCCGAACCGCUGCAGGAGGUCGGAUAAAGCUUCGAGGACAAAGUGAUAACUUGCCACAAAAGUGGUGGUUUGCUUCGACGGCCAUUCCACUCAUCGCUGCAACCAUUGGGCCGUUCUCCAACGUCUUGUCCAUCGUGUCCUUGGUGAGUCCAUGGAGAUUCACAUUGCCUGACAAUGGCUUGCCAUUCAGCGACAACCAUGGCUCCGAUGAUGCCGCUUGGGGUAUACCUGAUCCAAAUUGGGAAAUCAUCCCCAACAUCUUCUCCAUCAUCUUUGGCCUCCUCGGCCACUUGUUUCUGCUGUUAAACUUCACACGUCGAGUACGAUACAUAGUGGCCUUGCCUUUAUCAAUUGUAUUCUGGCUCUUGUCGGCUCUCAUCUAUUCUCAGGGCUUCUGGCACUCCGUCCUGGCAUCGCUCAUGUACGUCCUCAGCUGUGCCAUGCUGAUGGUUAACAUGGUUGGCUACUUCAAGGGACACUAUCCACAAAAAUUUGAGCUAGAUGACGACCAAAGGACACUGAUUCUCCAGACCAUGAGCUUUUUCUUCUGGUUGGCAGGAGGUGCAGGAGUGUUUUGCGCGUUGGAAGGCUUUACUUAUGCUGAUUCCCUAUAUUUCUCUCAAGUGACGAUCCUCACUGUGGGGUUCGGAGACUUCGCACCCAAAACCGAUUCGGGAAGGGGAUUUCUGUUUGCAUUCCAGAUUAUCGGUGUCAUCUUCUUGGGUCUUGUCAUUGGCAGCCUGACGCGCUUCGCAGCCAACAUCAGCGCGGACAAGAUCAUCAAACGUCAUCGGCAACACAAACGCGAGUCGACUGUCGGGAGAACAGUGACCAGUGAAAAGGAACUGAGAGAGCGAUUAGGCCUGCCGCCCGUGAGGCCGGAUUCAGCAGCUGCCGAAGGAGGCCUGGCAGAGAGCGCCUCAGAAUAUGCCCGCCGGGCAUCCAUAAUGCAGCUCGGGCGCCUGGAGAUUGUGGGAAGAGCAGUUACAUUUGACGAGGGCAAGGCCCAAAAUGCGGUUGGCAGCGGAGAAGAAGCUCUUCGCGACAGACGAAAGAAGCGGCGGCAGAAACUACUGUUGUUGGAGGAGGAAAAGGACAGGUUUGAUGUCAUGAGGCAGAUACAGGAGGAGACAAAACACUGGAAACAAUCAUGGGCGCUUGGGAUGGCACUGUUGGUAUUUUUCUCCUUUUGGACAAUUGGGGCUCUGGUUUUCAUGGUGACUGAAACACGGAUAUCCCAAUGGAGAUACUUUGACAGCCUUUACUUUUGCUUUGUGGCAAUCUUGACGAUCGGGUAUGGUGAUCUCGCCCCCAAGUCCAACAUUGGCAAGCCGUUCUUUAUUGUCUGGUCCAUCACCGCGGUUCCCAUUGUCACAGUCCUGGUUCAGCAAAUGAGUCAAACCGUUGUCAUGGCUAUCAACAGGGGUACCUUUACUCUGGCAGAUUGGACCAUCAUGCCCAAGAAGGGAAUCCUCAAAAGUUUUCUCACUCGUCACUCUACCCUGGCCAAGUUAUUAAACAGGAAACAGGUCGACACAGAAAAAGGCAAGCGUCCAGAGAGACCUAUCCGUGACGAGCGGCAUUUCAGCGACAUAGACCCCGAGCGUUCUCUUGGUCAGCAGCAAGACGGGAGUCGGGUGCUGGAAAAGGAGAAGUAUGAUGACAAUGAGCUUGCCAAAGAGCUAUCCGCUGCCAUCAAGGCUGUUGCCCACGACCUGAGAUCCCAUCCGCCAAAGGUGUACUCAUAUGGCGAGUGGGAAAGAUUCACGAAGCUGAUACGAUUCACCGCCUUGUCUUCUUUAGAAAGCGAUGAGUCGGUGGAGAGGGAUGAACAAACAGAAUGGGAUUGGAUUGGUGAAGAUAGCCCUCUGCUCGCCGACGUUACUGAAGCAGAGUGGAUUCUUGAUAGGCUGUGUGAAAGUUUGGGACGAUGGAUGAGGAGACAGGUCCAGAAGCAUGAGCAGAGAAAAUACUGGGAUGAGGUGUUUGAUGUCAUGGAAGGCAGGAUUGGGGAUAGAAGGAAAGGGGAGGCAGCGACAGACACGCGGCGAGUUGGAAGUAGGUCAUAUGGGCAUGGCAGGAACGAAGAUUGGAAAGGAGUGAAAUGGGAGGAGCCAACAGGAAACAUGGAAAGACCGCUGACCAGAUAA